UCUAAACCCGGUGCUUGUCGAGCUUUAUCUGGUUUAAGGCUCAUAGGGGUCCUCUGAGCAACGAUAGACCAUAGGAACUGUUGCACCGAUCGUCUCACUUAUUAAACAAGAAAUCCGCUACUGGCUCUGGUUGUACCUGACAACCACCAUCUCUUCACCUUUAUUCACAUAUCACUUUGCAAACUCCUCCUUGGCCAAGGCCUUAUCCUCGAAUCAUCGUCUUUUCAGACUACCAAAGCCAGCUUUAUCAUCAUGCAAAAUCUUUUUGCCUUAGCUCUAUUGAUGGCUGUAAUGCUGGUCGAUGCAACUUCGGUCCUUCCAGGCCCACUAAGACUUGCUGCCACGUUCUCAAGAAUCUCCGAUGAACUUGACCACAUGAGUCUGGGAAACUGCAAUCUAGCAAAUGCCAACCUCCCCCUGAAUGAUACCAAAGUCAAACUCCCAAAUCCAUCGUCAAAUAUGAAUCUCAAAUACAUUGUUCUGGGACGUGGAACUCAGAAUUACUCGUGUCCAUCCUCGAGCAGCUCCCACAACUCCCGCAAGACGAGCAAGCCUACUGCAACCGGAGCAGUAGCCACACUUUUCGAUGCUUCCUGCAUUGCAUCGAAAUCACUUACUCUUCUUCAUGAAAUGCCCGUUUUCAUUGGGCGUACUCCUUUGGGGUCCUUGGCCCUGUUGGCGGAGUUGUUGACCCAUACAACGAACAGCUCGGAUCUGGUCAUUGGUGAACACUACUUCAACGCUGCUGGAGAUCCUUUCUUCAGUCUUACUCUGAGUGGAUCCAAUGCUUGGAUGGUUUCUAAGAAAGAUGCGUCAGUGACGGCACCGAAGAGAGUGAGCCACAUAGCUGGCGAUAACGGGGAUGAAGAUGUGGCUUGGCUGAAGCUUAGCUCCACGGAUGGCCAUGAUAUCAAGGAGGUAUAUCGAGUGAUGACUUUUGAGGGCUCCCCUCCGUCCACUUGUGCUGGGCAGAACGACACUAUCCUAGUUGACUACGCCGCAGAAUACUGGUUCUAUGGAUAAGACAAAUCGGGACACGAGAUCGAUUGUUUGCUUCUAUACUGAUUUAACUUCUUUAUAUGCCAUGAUGGCCCAAUUAUACCUGAAAUUUGGGCCUGUUUUGCGAAUCUUAGUAUACAGCGAGGUUCAUGGAAGUUUGAAACGUCGACAGAUCUUCAAACGCAUUUGUUCAGUCACAUGUAUCCUGAGCUGUCAAUUUAAAUAAUCCAAGAUUCAUUGUAGCAAGGUCUUUUGAAAAAAUUAUAUCGGAAC